AUGAAUAUAAUGGACAAUUUAUUCAAUGUACUCAAAAGUGACGAUUUUAAUACUCUACCGCAUCUCAUGAAGGGGCUUAACACAUUAUUUGAAGCAGUAGAGGCAAACCAAUCUGGACCUUUGAAAGCUGAUCUCUUGGACCCACAAUUUUUGUCUGAAUUAGAAAGUGUUCCUGAGAAUGUGGACAUUAGCUUUGGAAAAUCGCUAACAGAUAUUAAAUGCUUGAUAAGGGAUGAAAAUCUAAGAGUUCAUGAGGUAUACUUAAAAUAUGAUGGUAUAAAAAGAAUAAGGAUUAUUUCUGUUAAUAUACCAUUUGCACCAUUUCUGGAAUAUAUUUACAGUACCGUAGAAGAAGUCAUUGUAGCUUAUUUAAAGCAUGUUAUAACACUACAAAGUUACUUUUAUGAACUUGAAAAUAUUGAUAAUAAUUGUGUAGUAGUGGAGCCCAUUAAGCCGACUUUCAAGGAUGAUUAUAGAAAUAUUAGAAUCGACGAUAAAACAUGGCUACAUGUGGAGAUUACACCUGAUGGAUAUCCAACUAAUAUUCAUUUAAUAGGACAGUCAGAAACUUGGCAAGAUAAAUUACAAGCUGGUGUUUUAAAUUGGGACCAUGACAAAAAUAUUGUUGAAAAUGUUAUGUCCAUAUUUGAUUUUGAUAAAUCAAUGCUUUUAUCUAAAGGGAAUACAAAUAAACUUGAUCAUGAAGAUACUCAAAUGGAUGAUGGGAUACUAUGUGGUAUAUGCUUCUGUUCAGAACUUCCAAAUAGUCCAGGGGUGCCACAACCAUUAUGUCAAAAUUCUAACUGCAAUGUGUAUUUUCAUCAAAAUUGUUUAUUUCAGUGGUUGGUUGCAUGUGAAGGAGGGCGUCCACCAGCAUUUGGUGUCAUUAAUGGCAGUUGUCCAACAUGUCUUCAACCAAUCUCUUGCAGCAAAAAAGAUUGUGUCAUUUAG